AACAACUACAGGUCCAGUGUUUCCUCGAUCAUGAAGCUACAAAUCCCCAAUCCGGGCCUGGAGGAAAGGUUACUGUCCUACGAGCAGCUGGAAAAGCUGGAGGAGGAAGAUGCUGGAGGCCGACCAAAAUGGGAAAACAAGACGCAGUACAUGCUGACCUGUGUGGGGUUUUGUGUGGGGCUCGGAAAUGUCUGGCGCUUCCCCUAUCUGUGUCAGAAUCACGGAGGAGGUGCAUUUAUGAUACCGUUUCUGAUCCUACUGGUCCUUGAAGGAAUCCCACUUCUGCUUCUCGAGUUCGCCAUCGGUCAGCGUAUAAAAAGAGGGAACUUGCAGUUGUGGGCUACAAUUCAUCCUUAUUUAGUUGGUAUUGGAAUUGCAUCCAUGUGUGUGUGUCUUACAAUCUGUCUCUACUACAACACCAUCCUUGCCUGGAUUAUGUGGUAUUUCUUCAACUCAUUCCAAGAGCCUCUGCCAUGGAGUCAAUGUCCCAUGAAUGCCAAUUUAACAGGAUAUAUCCCAGAGUGUGGGAAGAGCUCCCCCGUGGAUUAUUUCUGGUACAGGGAGACCUUGAACACAACUCCUGGGAUUGAGAACGACGGUGGGCUGCAGUGGUGGAUAUUGUUGUGCCAUAUUUGUGCAUGGGCCAUGCUCUAUGUCUGCAUCAUUCAUGGGAUUGAGACCACAGGAAAGGCUGUGUAUGUGACUUCAACCCUUCCUUAUGUGGUGUUGACAAUCUUUCUGAUCAGAGGACUGACUCUGAAAGGAUCUUUGAAUGGACUAAAGCUUCUCUUUACACCAGAUGUUGCAGAGCUGGCAAAACCAACAACAUGGCUUGAUGCAGGUGCUCAGGUUUUCUAUUCCUUCUGUAUGGGUAGUGGUGGUCUCAUUUCCUUCUCCAGCUACAACUCAUUGCAUAACAACUGUGAACAGGACGCAAUUAUCAUCGCCAUCAUCAAUGGUUUCACCUGUGUCUUUUCUGCAACUGUCAUUUACACCAUUAUCGGCUUCAGAGCAACAGAGAGAUUCGACAGCUGUCUUUCUGGAAACAUCCUAGAAUUGCUAAAUACAUUUAAUCUGGCUGAGGGCACUGUCACUGAAAGCAACUACAAUGAGGCACUUCAACAUUUCAAUGAAACAAACCCUAGUGUUGUUCAAGAGAUGGAUCUAAAAACCUGCAAUUUGGAUAAUUUUCUCAGUGAGGGAGUUGAAGGAACUGGUUUAGCCUUCAUUGUGUUCACCGAGGCUAUCACCAAGAUGCCGGUCUCACCAGUGUGGGCCGUCCUUUUUUUCCUCAUGCUCUUCUGCCUUGGUCUCUCUUCUAUGUUUGGUACCAUUGAAGGAGUUCUAGUGCCAUUGCAAGAUCUCAAAGUUUUCCCAAAGUCAUGGCCAAAGGAGGCCAUCACUGGUGUAACGUGCCUGAUGUGCUGUCUGGUGGGUCUGAUAUUUAUCCAAGGCUCAGGAAACUACUGGCUGUCACUCUUUGACUCUUACGGAGGAUCCAUCACCCUGCUAAUUGUUGGCUUUUGUGAAAUGUUCUCAGUGGUAUACAUAUAUGGAAUAGAUAGGUUCAAUGACGACAUUGAGUUCAUGAUUGGACACAAACCCAACUUCUUCUGGCAGGCAUCAUGGAGAGUCAUCAGUCCGCUCAUCAUGUUUUUCAUCUUGGUCUUUUACUUCAUCAAUACAGUUUCUGAAAUGCCCUCUUACAAAGUUUGGGAUCCGGAAUCUGUUGCAGAGCUGGCAAAACCAACAACAUGGCUUGAUGCAGGUGCUCAGGUUUUCUAUUCCUUCUCUCUGGCUUUUGGUGGUCUCAUUUCCUUCUCCAGCUACAACUCAGUGCAUAACAACUGUGAACAGGACGCAGUGAUCAUCUCCAUCAUCAAUGGUUUCACCUCCGUUUUUUCUGCAACUGUCAUUUACACCAUUAUCGGCUUCAGAGCAACAGAGAGAUUCGACAGCUGUCUUUCUGGAAACAUCCUAGAAUUGCUAAAUACAUUUAAUCUGGCUGAGGGCGCUGUCACUGAAAGCAACUACAAUGAGGCACUUCAAUAUUUCAAUGAAACAAACCCUAGUGUUGUUCAAGAGAUGGAUCUAAAAACCUGCAAUUUGGAUAAUUUUCUCAGUGAGGGAGUUGAAGGAACUGGUUUAGCCUUCAUUGUGUUCACCGAGGCUAUCACCAAGAUGCCGGUCUCACCAGUGUGGGCCGUCCUUUUUUUCAUCAUGCUCUUCUGCCUUGGUCUCUCUUCUAUGUUUGGUAACAUUGAAGGAGUUCUAGUGCCAUUGCAAGAUCUCAAAGUUUUCCCAAAGUCAUGGCCAAAGGAGGCCAUCACUGGUGUAACGUGCCUGAUCUGCUGUCUGGUGGGUCUGAUAUUUAUCCAAGGCUCAGGAAACUACUGGCUGUCACUCUUUGACUCUUACGGAGGAUCCAUCCCCCUGCUAGUUGUUGCCUUCUUUGAAAUGUUCUCAGUGGUAUACAUAUAUGGGAUAGAUAGGUUCAAUAAAGACAUUGAGUUCAUGAUUGGACACAAACCCAACUUCUUCUGGCAGGCAUCAUGGAGAGUCAUCAGUCCGCUCAUCAUGUUUUUCAUCUUGGUCUUUUACUUCAUCAMURMAGUUUCUGAAAWGCYCYYYUACAAAGUUUGGGAUCCGGAAUCUGAGAAAUUCCCGGUACUGGAGGACAAGCCAUAUCCAGUCUGGAUCAAUGUAAUCAUUUUUAUUUUGGCAGGAAUACCCAGUCUUGCUAUACCUUUUGACGCUCACAAUCGGCAACAACAAGAGAAAUAUGGCCCCCGUCUGCGUCCCCUUAAAACAUCCCCAAAAAAAAUAAUCGUCCUCUGCAGCAGACAGAACAAAGCAUAA